UAGACGUUGCGUAACUUACGUAAACGUCGAGUCAACAUGUCGGGAAGCGUUCUGAUGAGAGUUUUGUCUGAUCUAAGCAGAACAUCACAGUUUCUACAUCCGAAUAAGACGAAGUGUGUGACUAUAAGACGACCAAUCUCUGCCAAACUGCAAGGUCAGGUCAGACCACUAGAUGGAGUGAAAGUCUUAGAUCUGACGAGGGUUUUGGCUGGCCCUUUUGCUACUAUGAUAUUGGGAGAUUUGGGAGCCGAGGUGAUCAAGGUUGAGCGACCAGGCUCCGGAGACGACACGAGAGCAUGGGGGCCUCCGUUUGUGGGUGAAGAGAGCGCUUAUUUUCUGAGUGUGAACAGGAACAAAAAGAGCAUUGCUGUUAAUCUUAAAGAUCCACUGGGGACCAAACUUGUAACUGAGCUUGCCAGAGUCUGUGAUGUUCUGGUGGAGAAUUACUUGCCCGGGAAGCUGAAUGAGAUGGGACUCGGGUACGAGGAGUUGAGUAAAGUGGCCCCUCAGCUCAUCUAUUGCUCUAUCACAGGAUAUGGACAGACGGGCCCCGAGUCACACAAUCCUGGAUAUGACUCCAUUGCGUCUGCGGUGUCUGGUAUGAUGCACAUCACUGGUCCUGAGGAUGGAGACCCAGUCAGGCCAGGUGUCGCUAUGACCGAUCUGGCCACUGGUUUAUACACUCAGGGAGCCGUCAUGGCUGCUUUGCUUCAGAGACAGAAAACAGGACGAGGCCUUCAUAUAGACUGCAAUCUUCUGUCUUCACAGGUUGCUUGUCUCACUCACAUCGCUGCCAACUACCUCAACGCUGGUAUCGAAGCCAGACGAUGGGGAACUGCCCACGGGAGCAUUGUCCCUUACCAGGGUUUCAAGACCAAAGAUGGAUAUUUGGUUGUGGCAGCGGGAAACGACCAGCAAUUUAUGAAAGUGUGCAAAGUUUUGAGCAUGAAUGGCCUGGCAGAAAACCCGAAGUACAAAAUCAACAAGUUAAGAGUUCAGCACCGCAAAGAGCUGCUGCAGAUUCUGUCCGAGAGGUUCAUGCAGGAGACGACUGCAGAGUGGUUGAGACGCUUCGAAGGCACCGGUGUCCCCUGUGGCCCUAUCAACAACAUUCAGCAGGUGUUCGCCAACCCUCAGGUUGCUCACAAUGGCCUUAUUUUGGAAAUGGACCACCCAACAUCAGGAAAGAUAGCAGUGCCAGGUCCUGCUGUGCGCUUCAGUAGUUUUGAGUCCAGCAAUCCGAUGCCGCCACCUGUGAUUGGCCAGCACACGGUCCAAGUUCUCAGAGACACACUGGGCUACAGCGAUGAUGCUAUAAACCAUCUGCUAGCCUCUCGGACCGUCACUCAGAACAAGGUGCAGUGAGGGACGUCUCAUUGACUGAGAGAGCAGUCCUGCAGUGAUCGGCCAGCACACGGGAAAGCAAAAAUACUGCCUUCUUUCUCGGCACAGUGGUGAUAAUGUUGUGAUUAAACUGGUGAAUGUCCAUCUGAGAGGAAACGGUGAUUUAAAAAUACUGACGUUAUAACACAGUGUGUCACACGUAAGAAUGUGCACUGCUGAAUGAUUACAGUCUUCAAAUGAUCAAUAAUGUGCAGAUACUUCAUUCACAUCCAGAUUUAAAUCCAUACUGCCUGUUCCAUAAUUCACCCCAAAAUCAAAAGUGAAACAAAUUGUGUAAUAUUAUUGUAUAAAUAAAGUAAAGCCUAUUUUUAGAACUAUUACAAUUUUCUUUUUGCAUUGUGAUACCAUUUUGACGUCAUCACCACCAUCCAAUUAUUAAGGAGCCCCUAAAGGGACAUGGUGAUAGAAAAAAAAUUAGAGGUGGGAGGAAAAAUAAUUUGUACGUUUGUUUGCGAGCUCUCACAAAAAUGGUGCAUUCCCUCAAGAAAUGUUUCUCUCUUAAAGAUAUCUGAGUAACUGAACAUGCUACAUUGUGAAUGUACAGAUCUGUAUGAACCACUCCAAGCUGUAAAGUAAACAGGAAGAAUUUGUUCGAACUCUGCAGGUUUCGCGACGGAAUGCAAAUAUCUUUGCGAGAGAAUGCAAAAGGUGUGCGAGGGACAAAACAUUUUUUCACCAUGCACAUUUUUAAGCAAACAUUUCUCUUUUUUUUUUUUAGUAAGUUUUAUUAUUUGUGUUUAUUAUUAUUAUUUUGUGGUUAAUUAUGACUCAGACAUUUAAUUGUGAGAUUCACCCAUACCACUAUAAUAAUAAAUACACGACUGAUUACUACUGUAAUAAAAGGCAGCCAUUUCAUACGUGGCACAAGCAAUAAUAAAAAUAAGCUUUCAUAAAGAAAAGCAAUAUAAAAUAAGCUCUAAUUAAGUUGAUUUUAUGAAAUGUUAGCAUCCAAUUUGAUAAGGUGAUUUUAAAUGAAUGUUUUAAACAUUCUGUAAGAUAAGUACUAUUCAUUACAAAAUGUAAGGUAAAGAAUCUCAUAUAAAUACAAAGUAAAAUAUAAAGUUGGCAUUCUUUAUUUAUUAGCUCUUUAUUGUCAUAAUGUUUCACUCCUGUCAGUUAAUGCUACAGAUAUGUGUUUGCGAUACACCAAUGACAUCCAUUUGAAGAAUAAAAUUUUAGAUUUCAUCAUAAAUACUACUGACGAUGUUUAUUUAUAUUUUAAAACAUAAUUUGUAUGCUUACCAACAUUUUUAAAUCAGAAACACACAGCACAGAAAGCAAUCAAACUCUUGUUGCUCUACAACUUCUUAUCUUUGGCCGAAAGGUUAAUCUCUGUAAUUCAUCAUAUACAGAGAGUACUGUAUAUUUUCAAUGUUCAAUGAAAUCACCGUGUGACUUAUCCGUGGCUCGUUAGAUCUGAAAUGGGCCAGAAGUGCUGCUAUCUUCCGUUGAGUAUCUUUUUCCCGUCACUGCACUGUGAGCCGUCACAGGUGCGAGUUGAAGCCACAAGGUCAUUUCACUGUCUUCUCAAGGCUUUUGGCUCUACACUAAUGCAUGGUGGGACUCUUUAGCUGUGCAGCGGAAUAAGCACCAUUUCUGAUGUGCAACUGCCAAAUCUUUCAUGUUCGAUUUCCUGCGGCUUGGGACACUGACUCAUAACAGAACAAUGUGAGAGAAUGCAGAGAGCAAGGCACAAGAGCUUUCCAUUGUUAAGCAUUAAAUAAAAAUUAUAUGUUCUAAAUGCAUGUUAUUGAUCUUACUUAAAAAAAUUAAACAGUGCAUAUGCUUCAUUUUUUAACUAUGACUUCUCAAAUCAUUUUGUCUACUAAAAGCCUGAUGCUUUCUUACCAUUGACCCCAAGCUUGCACACAAGCUUCUACUCAACCAACAACCACUGCAAAUCAUUCAAUCAUUUUAUUAUUAAGGUGUUUUACUGCCAUUUGCCUUUAAUACAGCUUCAGACCUUCUUAGAAUAGAUUCAUACAUCUUGGCUUUAAUGUAAAACUGCUGCAAUUUGGAGCCUUUUAAGUACUUCGUUUUAAAGUAAAUGACUAAAACUAUUAGUGCUAAUAACUUCACUCACCUUCUGGUAAUAAAAUUUUGUGCCAGGAAUUGGUUUAAGUCUGUUUGGGCGUGUUGAUGGAAGCAGCUCCAUCUAUAUUUAAAUCAUCGAUCUGAAACUUAUCCAGACAUAUGGGGUGUCUCAAUUAGCUCCCGAGCUCGUGAGUCAGUAGAUCAUGUACACGUUCACUUGUAAGUUCCCUGACUCACCGCACAUUGGGACAGUGAUCACUCGACUUCCAGUGACAUGACUACAUAUAACAUCAACGGACAACAUAGUAGAACGUCACCGCUUUAAUUAUGACCAAUCUCUUUUUUAUUUUUUUUAAUUCUCUUCAAACACAUUGUUCUGUCUCAUGUUCUUACAACAUUUCAGCCUAAUUUUAUUUAUAAA